UUUCAGGUGGAAGACGAUGUGCAAGAAACUGUUAUUGACAGUGGGCCCAGUGAAGCUGCUACUACCCCUGCUACUCCUGCUUCCGAAGCAUCUACGAGUACUUCCCAUUCUGUCAAUACCUCGCACAAGUUAACUCGUAACAAGAGGAAGGCUGUUGGGAAUGAUGAUGGCACAAUUGAAGUCCUGCAGGUGAUAGGGAAGAAACUGGAAUCGCUACAGGCAGAUGAUGCAUUUCAGGUAUUCGGAAAACAUGUGGCUAAUAAACUCAGAGAAGUCCCGAAUUCACAAAACAUAAUUGCUCAGAAACUAAUUUCCGACGUUUUAUUCGAAGCUGAGUUGGGUACGCUUACCAGAAAUUUUCGAAUUGUUGACAUGAAAAGCCAGCGACAAGAUGAUUUUGGUUCAAUGAAUGCCACGAAUUAUUGGCCUCAACAGAAUACGCCACAUCAAAUCAGAAUGCAACAAAAUCUUUCUUCACAAGUUGGACAAUACCACUCCUUCUCGCAGCAGCCGCAGCCUAUGCCACAUAACUACGCCCCCGAACAAAUACCUCACACUCAGGAGUAUGAAACAAUUGGGAAAAUUCCGGCAGUUUCAUGCAUCAUCCCACAGCAAGGUGAACAAGAUGUACAGACACGCGCCCACCAAGCCCCUGCCCACUCUCCCGUUGGAACCUACUUGUCAUCAUUUCAACCAAACUGAAGUAUACUUGCGUGCAUUUCUAUUGCUUACCAUAAUAACUUUUCUACAAUAAUAAAGUUUAUAAUGUUCAAUUAAAUAAUAAAUCGUUUAUGGAAAAUAACAAUAUUUCUUACCUUCAAGUAAUCCUUCUUCAGCACCUUGUAGAUAGCUUCACAUGUUUCGGGAAUGAUUUCACUUAGCGAUUGUUUUGAUAUAAUUGUUGUGAGCUCCAGGUCUUUGUAACUUCUGCCGGUUGCCAAAAAUC